AUGACCUCAGGGUAAACUGCCACUAGGCUUAAGAAUAUGGAAUGGCUGCUGGAGGACUUGCUCGGGGAUAGGGGGGAUACAGGCCUUCUCUGGAGCCAACUUACCCAUGCCCUGGCCUGUAGAUACUGUGGCAGCAGCUGCCUCCAGAGUCCAGGGAAUCUGGGCCUACCACUUCUGUACCGUGUGGCCUUCCUUGGUCACCUGUGGAAACAGAAAUCAGAGAUAGAAGAAGAGGAAGAAGAGGAAGAAGAAGAGGAAGAAGAGGAGGCAUCUCUGGAUCCACUGAAACCAUGUUCUCCUCCCAAAGAAGCUCCCAACGGAAAGCAAGCCACCGCAGCCCCACCCGAGCCAUCCUAUGGUUCUGAGCGACUCCCCAAGGCCACAGGGAUACCAGAGCAAAUACUCACACAGCCUUUAAGCCCUUCCAGACUCUUUCCCACCUUCCAGAUCCUGACCAACCUACCUGUGAGGCGCAAGAUAGGAUCAGGGAGCCACCAGUACCAUAGAAAAAGCCAGCUCUUCUGGGGUCUCCCCUUUCUGCACAGCGAGUCCUUGGAGGCCAUCUUCCUGAGCUCAGGUGGCCUCUCUCCCUUGAAAUUGUCUCUUUGUCCUUCUGUCUUUUUCAACAAGCUUACCUUCCUGCCUAGGUCCAACUUGUUGCUUCCCCAGUAUCACUCCCCAAUUCAGUUUCCUAGCCAUGAAGCCCAUACUGUGGAAGACCUGGAAGGGAUGGCCCUCAGACCUCAGCUACUUCCAUCUCCAUCUUCUCCUGUCCCAUCACCACCCUUCCAUCUUAAGCCCUUGCCUGUGGACCAUAAGCAAGUCCUAUCUAGCACUGAGGCACCCACACAAAGGCCUGGAACUAGCCCCCUGGGAGAGCCCCCUGACUAUGAGAAUCAGUGGGGAGCCAUGGGACACAAAGAGAGCCCCCAAGCUUCUGAGCCUCCAAAGUCAGCCCGCUGCCAGCCCCCAGUAUCUCUGUCAAAACCCCAAAAUGUCAGCUCUGAAGGAGGUCUUCUUAUACCUAAGGAAUUCUGGGGAACUAUGGGACACAAAGAAGACCCUCAGGCUGCUGAAUCUUCAAUGUCAGUCCCCGGCCCUCCCCUAGACUCCCUCACAGAACUCCAGGGAGAGAGUCCCCUAGAAGAUCCAUCCAGAUAUGAGCCUCAGUGGGGAUUCAGAGAAAAUUCAGGAAACUACCAGGCCUUUGAACCCCCAGCCUUGGACCUCAACCCAGGACUCCAUGGAACCAGCCCUGCAUGUGUCCCAUCAGGAUCUGAGACUCCAUGGAAGGGUGUACAAAGUAGAGAAAAUCUUUGGGUCUCUACACACCCAGUUUUACCUGUCAGCCUUCCCUCAGACUCUCUGCUGGAAUCUCUAGUAAUGGAACCCCAGGGAGUCCUGUCUGAAUCCAAAGCCUUGUGGGAGACCAUGGGACGGAGAGAGAACCUCUGGGCAUCUGACUCCUCAGACCCUGCCCAUAGCACAGCUCUAUCCCCCCGUAUAGAAUCGCAUAGAAUCAAUCCUGCAGAAGGCCUCACCAGACCAGAAACUACAAGGAAGGACACUGAACAUUUCAGGAAUUCCUGGGCUUCUGAGCCCCCAUCUCAGGCCCUCAGCCCACCCUCAGCUCUUAUACUGGAGCCCCAGAGAGUUAGCUCCAUGGGGGUCCUGUUUAGUUCUAAGGCUAGAUGUGGGAACAUAAAAAGGAGAAAGAGCUCCUGGGCCUUGAAGCUCCCAGCUUGCAGCUUACCCCAAGACCUGCAUGUAGCCAGCCCCCUGGGAGUCUUGCCUGACUAUGAGGCUGCUGGUGGGGAUGCAGAGCACAAAGAAAACUGUUGUGUUCCUGUGUUUCCAGGUUCGGGUCCCAGCCUACCACCAAACUCUGUUUCAAAGUCCCACAUAAGUGAGCCUAUUGGAGACCAGUGCAACUGUAAGCCUGAGGGGGAAGCAGCAAUGGAGCAGAGAAAGAACUGCUGGGCCACUGAGCUCCCAGUCCCCAGCUCACUCUCAGCUCCGCUACCAGAGCCACACACUGACCUUGAAUUUGUGUGGAGAGGUGCACAACAAAAAGUCCCCCAGAACCCCAGCCCUCCAGAAGUUGAACCCCUGCAGCCAAUACCCUGGCUUCCUACCCUAGCUGAAGCUGUGAAGAUUGUGCCCACCCACCCUGGCCUACCCAAGGGAGAGAUGUUUCCAGGGGCUAAGGCUGAGGCCCCACUCUCCCAGAGACAGGCUGUCCCAGAGGUGCUCACUAACCCUGGGACCCAUGCCUGGCACUGGAGCAAAGAUAUGAAACUUAGGCUGAAGACACUGCAGCAGAGCCCUGUUUCCAGAUCCCCUGGCCCAAGUCAACUAUUUUGUAGCUCCCCUGCCUUGAGCUCCACAACUCCAGACUCCUGGGGACUCUCUUCCUGCCCCCCACAGAUUUUUCUCCCUAACCUGUGCCACUACUCUUCAAGCUGUCAUCCCCAAAAAGUUCAGAGCACAGCACCUCAUUCUAUCCAGGUUCCCCACUGUCAUCACUCCCAAUCCUCUUUCCAGCCUCAGCCACGAGGAUCUGGCAGAGCAGAACAAGGGCCUCAGAGAGAAGAGAAAAAGGGGAAGAUGGUGGCUCAGGUCCCAUCCCAGGAGUCAUGUGUACACAUGGAGGCUGGUGAGAUCUAUCCAGGCCCUGGAGAGCCCUCAAACCCUGAGGUUCUGGCCUCAGGCAAGAGACAGGACAAGGCUUCAGCCCUAUCUUCAGCCAAAAAGGGCAAGAGCCCCAGAAAACCCAGAACGGGAGACCACAGAGGAGGGAACGCAAGAUUGGGGUCACCCACAGUCACAGGGAAGAGACACCCUGCCCAGGCCCAAAGACUAGUAGAGGCUCCUAUAAGCACACUUUCCCCAAAGUCUCAACACAGGGGCCAGAGCUCUCAACACACUGCUCUUUCCCAGAAGCUUCUCCCCAAGGCUUCGGGUCCCCAUGACUGGCUGGGGAAAAAGCUGAGAGCUGGUGACAUCCAGAACCCUAGCCACUGUAAGCACUGUCCUUGGGCCCACACAAAGAAGCAUCUCUCUUCCCCCACACCCCAGGCUCACCUUACCUGGGGUCUUCAAAGAGUGUUAGCCAAAUUUUUGGGUAACCGUGGACCCCUGCUCACCAAAUCUAGCCAGUAG